AAAUACCGUUCCCCUUAUGUUAAACGUUCCCGUCCAUGGGCGGCACCUGAGGGCGACGCCCCGGCCCCGCCGCCGCUCAGAGGGGCCCGCCCGCCAUGACCGAGGGGGGCGUGAGGUGACCCCAAGAUGGCGGGCGGGGCCGGGGGGGGCGCUCAAGAUGGCGGGGGCUCAAGAUGGCGGUGCCGAGGCGGCGGGAUCUGAUCCACGACCCCCUGGCGGGCCCCGGCGGGCAGGCGGGUUCCCCCGGGCGGGUCCGCCCGCUCUCCCUGCCCUGCCCUGCCCGCUCGCCGGGGCGGAGGCCGAGCGGCACCGCCUCCGCGGGGCUGUGGCAGCGGCACACAGCCAUGCAGCUCCCCUGCGGGACGCCGCCGGCACGGUUCUUCCUCGCCCUUUGCGUCUGGAGGCUGGUGCCGCGCAGGGAGGCCGCAGGAACAGAUGAAGUGGUGUUUGGGCAGGUCGGAGGAAGCAUCCUCCUCUUAUGCCGCAAUGUCUCCAAGGAGGCAACCGAGGUGACCUGGUUCCAAGGGGACCCACACUCCUUCCCUCCCCUCUUCUCCUCGAGGAUCUCCUUACCCCCGGACGUCCGCUUUUCCCUGGUCAACAACAGCUCCCUGAGCAUCACGGAGCUGCGAGUGCAGGACGAAGGCAACUACACCUGCAAGGAAGUGCUGAACAACACGGAUCAUGAGCACAGGGUCCAGCUGCUGGUAGCCAACCCACCGCAGUCAACCCCCAAGUGCUGGGCUGAGAGUUCUUCGUCGGGGCUGAUGCUGCAGCUGUUUUGCAGCUGGCCUGGGGGUUACCCACACCCCACCCUACACUGGAGAGAAGAAGGGCACGAUUUGGAGAACUCCAGCUGUGUCAUCAGCUCCACGAGCUCCUCGGACACCCACGUGGAGACACUGAACAGCUCCCACCUCUCCCACCGCAAAGUCUUCACGUGUGUCGGCAGCCACGUGGUCAGGCAGGAGCAGCCUUCCUGCACUGUGGAGAUAAAAAUCCCUUCACUGGAGUCGGAGCCCCCCAAGACCUGCUUUGUGGGUGAUAACGUGACCCUGACGUGCCGUGUGACCGAGAGCACGCCGGCAGCACGGAUCAGCUGGCUGCGGGACAUCACCCAGCCAGAGGUGGAGAUCCAGCCUGGAGGGAGGUUCCUCAUCACCCAGGAGGGCAACGUGUCCCGGCUCACCAUCCAGAACUGCUCCCAGGGCACCGACGGGGGCUGCUACGUCUGCAAGGCCCAGAACCCUGUGGGGCUGAGGGAGCUCUUCGUCUGCCUCACCGUGAAGGAGCCAGUGAACAUUGUUGGGAUCGUGGGUGCCGUGGUGGUCCUGUCCCUCCUGGUUAUUCUCACCGUCACCGGGGUUGUCUUGUACUACAAUCCCCUCCUGUGCCUGAGAGGUGCUGCAUUCAGGCAUACAGACUCAGGUGAUGUCUUAGUGCUGGUGGACUCAGAAGAUGACGAGGAGGGGAAGGGGGAUGAGGAGGCCACGAGCAGCUGCACCAAGCAGGAGGCGAUGGCGCUGGUCGAUGGGAACAGUGCCCAGGCUGCUUAUCUGAACUACCUCACGGAAGGUGACGAUGGAGAGCUCCACAGCGGGGUCUCUCUACAGGAAGCAAGGGGAUAAGAGACACGAGGCUCAUAACUUCCGUCCCUCCUUGAGGAAGCACAUGGAGCUCCAGCUGGAAUCCAGCAUCAAGCAUGUCCUCAAUGCGUGUGGCUGAGCACAGGCUGUCGGUGUCCUGUGAUGGGCUAGUUCAGUCAGAGCCUUCCCACCCCUUUCUCCACUUAGCCCUUCCAGUUUCACUCCGUCCUUCCCCAGCCGCAUUUCUCUGUUUCUCUUCUCUCUUCGUGUUCCUCUUUGUCUCAGGUGUCCUUAAAACAAGGUGACACCCAGCACAGGCAGAGCGUGGGAACAGUAACCCACUCACCUUGGUGCCUGUGAAGGACUCGAAUUCCAGUGUGGGAUUCUGGCUCAGUCCCCGUGAGCAGUGGUGGGAUGGAGAAAGUUGCCACAGGGCCACAGUGGCCCUGGGAUAAGGGAAGAAACGAGUGUGUGCAGGCAGGACCUGGGUGAUGCUGACUCGGGGGAGACUGAAUUGUUUUUAUUAUAAAUAUUUUUUUCCCCUAUUUCGUCUGAAA